CGCAGUUCCCACCUCGCUCUUUUUUCGCUCUCAUUUGUCGUGGGAAUUUCUUUCCCUCUCCCUCUCAAAACCCUAGUUUCCCUUUCAAAACCAAUGCGUAAAUCCUAAAUUUCGUCAAAAUUUCUCCGCUUCAUCGUCGACGGCACUCAAAAUGAGUAGUUUGGUAGAGAGGCUUCGAGUUAGAUCGGAGAAGAGGCCUGUGUACACUCUUGAUGGCGACUCAGAUGAUGAGCUCAUCCUUAAAGCAGGAAGCGCGAAGGCAAAGCAAGAGAAGAAGGCUACAGCUGAGAUUGAAAGGAUUGUUAGGGAUGAUGUGAAAGAAGAUGCAUGCCAAGCCUGUGGUGAAACUGGUGAUCUUAUUGGCUGUGGGACAUGCACAUAUGCUUUCCAUCUGAGAUGCUUGCUGCCCCCUCGGAAAGCUGCUCCUGAUGAUAGCUGGAGCUGCCCUGAAUGUGUGAGCCCUUUGAAUGAAAUUGAGAAAAUUUUGGAUUGUGAAUUGCGUCCCAUGGCAGCUGAGAUGGAUGCAUCAAAGCUGGACUCAAAACCAAAAGAUGUUAGGCAAUAUCUUGUCAAAUGGAAAGGACUUUCAUAUCUUCAUUGUACCUGGGUGCCCGAGGAUGAAUUUAAAAAGGCAUCCAAGGCAAAUCCUCGACUGAAGACUAGAUUAAACAAGUUUAAGGAACAAAUGGAUUCUAUGAAUAACUCUGAGGAUGAAUGGAUUGCAAUUCGGCCUGAAUGGACAACUGUUGACAGAGUUCUUGCUAGCAGAAAAAUUGGAGAUGAGCGUGAGUAUUUUGUGAAAUGGAAGGAGCUUGGUUAUGAGAACUGUUCGUGGGAAGUCGAAUCUGACAUUUCUGCCUUCCAACCUCAAAUUGAAAAGUUUAAGGUAAUUCAAUCUAGGCGUCGAAAGAGAUCUCUUGGUAAAACUAAGAAUAUAACCCAGGAUGCAAAGGAUUCAAAGCUCAAUUCAAGUCGGGAAUCGAAGGAUAUAAAGAAUAAGCAAAAAGAAUUUCGACAGUAUGAUCAGACCCCUGAGUUUCUUUCUGGCGGGACAUUACAUCCAUAUCAGCUGGAAGGUUUAAAUUUUCUAUGCUAUUCAUGGUCUAAGAAAACACAUGUGAUCCUUGCAGAUGAGAUGGGCCUUGGCAAAACAAUACAGAGUAUUGCUUUUGUUGCUUCUCUUUUUGAAGAUAACCUAUAUCCUCACUUAGUAGUGGCACCACUUUCUACACUGAGAAACUGGGAGCGCGAGUUUGCAACUUGGGCCCCUCAACUGAAUGUUGUUAUGUAUGCUGGAUCUGCUCAAGCUCGUGCUAUUGCCAGACAAUAUGAGUUUUACUACCCAAAAGAGGGGAAAAAGGGGCAGAAGAAAAAGAAAGCUUCGAAGGAUGCUUCCCCAAGCAAGCAAGCGAGAAUAAAGUUUGAUGUUCUUUUAACAUCUUUUGAAAUGAUCAACAUGGAUUCAUCUUCUCUGAAACCAAUCGAGUGGGAAUCUAUGAUUGUAGAUGAGGGGCAUCGCCUUAAGAAUAAAGAUUCCAAAUUGUUUCUUCAACUAAAACUGUAUACAACUAAGCAUCGGGUACUUUUGACUGGAACCCCUCUUCAGAAUAACCUUGACGAGUUAUUCAUGCUCAUGCAUUUUCUCGACGAUGGAAAGUUUCAAAGCAUAGAGGACUUUCAAAAGGAAUUCAAGGAUAUCAAUCAAGAAGAACAAAUAUCAAGGCUUCACAAGAUGCUGGCGCCGCACCUUCUCCGAAGAGUCAAGAAAGAUGUCAUGAAGGAUCUUCCACCUAAGAAGGAACUGAUUUUACGUGUGGAUUUAAGUAGCAAACAGAAAGAAUAUUACAAGGCCAUUCUUACUCGAAACUACCAGAUAUUAGCUCGUCGUGGUGGUGCACAGAUAUCACUCAUGAAUGUUGUUAUGGAGCUCCGAAAGCUUUGCUGCCAUGCCUUCAUGUUAGAAGGUGUAGAACCAGAUGUCGAACCCGCAGACGUGGAUGAAGGUCUAAGAAAACUUGUGGAAUUUUCUGGAAAAAUGCAGUUGUUGGAUAAGAUGAUGGUGAAGUUGAAAGAGAAAGGACAUAGAGUGCUUAUUUAUUCACAAUUUCAGCAUAUGCUGGACUUAUUGGAAGAUUACUUAAGUUACAAGAAAUGGAGCUACGAGCGGAUUGAUGGCAAGAUCAGUGGAGCUGAAAGACAGAUCCGAAUUGAUCGCUUCAACGCCAAGAAUUCGACAAGAUUUUGUUUUCUACUCUCUACCAGAGCUGGGGGGUUGGGAAUAAAUCUUGCAACUGCUGACACCGUUAUCAUAUACGACAGUGAUUGGAAUCCACAUGCAGAUUUGCAAGCAAUGGCCAGAGCCCAUCGAUUAGGCCAAAUAAAUAAGGUAAUGAUAUAUAGACUCAUUACUCGGGGAACUAUAGAAGAAAGAAUGAUGCAAAUGACAAAGAAGAAGAUGAUCUUAGAGCAUCUGGUUGUUGGUCGGCUUAAGGCACAACAAACUGUUAAUCAGGAGGAGUUGGAUGACAUUAUAAGAUAUGGGUCAAAGGAACUGUUUGCUGAUGAAAACGAUGAAAGUGGUAGAACACGCCAAAUUCACUAUGAUGAUGCAGCUAUUGAAAGACUACUUGAUCGUGAUCAAAUUGAUCGGGAGGAAUCUUUGAUCGAUGAAGAGGAUGAUGGACUCUUGAAGGCCUUUAAGGUAGCAAAUUUCGAAUAUAUAGAUGAAAUUGAAGCUGCAGCUGCAGCUGCCAAAGAAGAGUUAGAAAGAAAGAAGUCUAUCAAUGAGAAGGCUUCUGGCUCCAACUCAGAUAGAUCAAAUUACUGGGAUGAUUUACUGAAAGACAGAUAUGAGAUCCAUCAAGUUGAAGAGUUCACUGCUAUGGGCAAGGGGAAGAGAAGUCGCAAACAAAUGGCAAUGGCUGAGGAAGAUGACCUAGCCGGUGUACAAGAUGCAAGUUCUGAAGAUGAGGAUUACUCAGGUGAAGAAGAUUUGUCAGAUAUUGAAAUUGUUGUACCCGGAAAUACAUCAGGAAGAAGGGGCCGAUUUUCAAAGAAACGACCUCGUGCUGAUUAUGUUGAAUCACUUCCUUUGAUGGAAGGCGAAGGGAAGUCUUUAAGAAUUCUUGGAUUUAAUCAGCUCCAAAGGGCGACCUUUUUGAAGACACUGAUGAGAUUUGGCUUUGGUGACUAUGACUGGAAAGAGUUUGUUCCUCGAUUGAAGGGAAAAAGUUUUGAAGAAGUUCAUGAGUAUGGCUUUCUUUUCAUGAGACACAUUGAUGAGGGUAUUAAUGAUUCACCAAAAUUUUCAGAUGGGGUGCCAAAAGAAGGCUUACGAGUAGAUGAUGUACUUGUUAGACUUGCACAUAUUAGUCUGAUAAAGGAAAAGCUGAAAAUUUUGGAAGACAAUCCUGGGGCUUCUCUUUUUCCUAAAGAUGUGCGAGAAUGCUACCCCAGCUUGAGUGGAAGAAUUUGGAAGGAAGAGCAUGAUAUAUUGCUAUUAAAAGCUAUUUUAAGGCAUGGCUAUGCAAGAUGGCAGGCUAUUGUUGAAGAUAAAGACCUUGGGCUUGUUGAAGUUGGUCGCCGAGAAUUAAGCCUUCCUGUCUUAAAUGGACCAUCUGCUGGAGGAGUCCAGAUGGGUGAUGGUUCUAGCAACUCUUUCAAUGAAACUCCAGAUGUUACAAAAGGAAACCAGUCCAAUUCUGAUUACUCCACCCUCUAUCAAUUCCGUGAAGUGCAAAGAAGGAUUGUUGAAUUUAUACGAAAAAGAUAUCAACUGCUGGAGAAGAUUUUGGAUUUGGAAUUCUGUUUGGAUGAAGUUGAUAAAGCCAACCCCCGUGGUCCAAUAAGCAAAGACCCGGAGAUUGAACCAGUGGUCACUGAUGCGCCUGGUGAAACCACAGGAGAUAUGAAUACAUUACUGAAAGAAUUACCUGAUUUGGAACCAAUUGAUCUAGCAGCCGGAGAAUAUCCAUCCAAUAAUCAAGUUGAUCGACUUGACAUGGCCAAGCUUUAUAAUGGACUUUGUAAUGUAGCUGAGGCCAAUGCUGUUGAUGCUGUAGUAGCUUGCUUGGGCGACUCUUCUGCUAAUUCUAGGUUAAACAAGAACAUGCGUGAGCUUGAAACCAUAUAUGAGGAUGUGCACAGAACGCUUGCAGUAAAAGAGCCUGAACGAAAUUCAGGAUCAUCUCAUGGGAUGCAUACAUCAGUUACUGGUUUAUCGUCGAUAAAUGGCAAGUUGGAUUGUUCGGUUGCCAAAGAUUCAGAUACGGAAAUUGUUGAAGAGGUUUCUGUGGCCAAAGAUUCAGAUGCAGAGAUGGUGGAGUAAGGCAUUGAAUAGUCUGCAUAUGUAAUAUCAUAUUGUGUUUAAUCUUGUGUAAUGGUGACUACAAUGCGUGAUAAAAGGUUGCUAAUCACAUUGUUGCCAAACGUUUGACCGCUUGCAGAAUCUUAAUCAUCCAUUUUGAUACAGGGUUGUCACAAGCGUAACACCGUUGUAUGAAGAACAAUGUAAUUCCAUUCCCAAAGAAUCGUAAAUCAUAGGAAGGCAUAUCUAGGCAUAUCUAGUUAUAUUAUCAACAUAGCGCUUCUUCGAUGAGGUUUAUGUGAUUGGUGU